UUGGCUCUUGAUUCUUGAGUGGUUGAGCCUGAUCCCAGAAAGAGUCCAAGAUGGAGGCCACACAACGCCCCACCACCGCUUUCUAAUUGUACCAUUGUGUGGUCGCGCGGUCCUCAUCUGGAGAAAAUCAUUGGCCCGCCCCAUGGAGACCAUGGACACCAUGUAAACUCGGCUUCCGAAGCUCGUCCGCUUUUCCAGCCCCCACCCACCUCUCACUUCGAUUGAGGUCCUGGACUGACCGUGGACUGACCGUGGACAGACCGUGGACGGGUGGAGUGGGCCUGGCUGAGCAUGGAGGAAGCCAUGGCCGGCUCGACCGGAAGUGCGUCGUCUUCGGUCUCACCGCCGGCGCCGCAGUGGUGGGCCACCCACCUUUACGACUGUUUGUACGGGGAUUUGGACGAGGCCACGCAGAAUCUGGACCUGGAGGAACUGGCCCGUCAAGUGCAAGCGGGCCAAGCUCAAGUGGGCGCGCUCCAAGCGCGAUUAGCCGAGGCCCAAGACCAGCAGCGCGAUCAAGCCGAAAUCCACCGCCGCACCAUCCAACAUCUGGAAGGCCAGGCCCAAUUGGCCGUCCAAUCCCACGCCUCCCUCCUGCUCACGGCUCGGGCUGAACUCAACCGCAAAAACGACCGCAUCCGUGAACUCACCGACACGCUGGAUCGCUUCAUGCUCAAGAAAUGUGACAAGGUUGGACUGCUGGACCAGAUGCGGGCCCUGCUCCACGAGUACUACGCCCAAUUGAUACCCGAACGCGACUGCAUCACGCUCGCCGUACCGGACUCGGUCUCCUGCGUCAGCCACAAUCCGCGCCAGACACGCCCGGCCCGGCCCCACCCGGCCGAGCCCGAGGCGCCCUAUCAGACGGAAGUCAAGCUCCAGCGCUCCGGUCAAUACAAUGUUCUGUCCAUGGGUUCGCACUCCAUCGCUUGGCACAUCCAGGGCUGUCGGCCGGCCAAGCCACCCAAGACGUUACGCCUCAAGAGUCGUCCGCCCACCGCCCCGCUCAAACCUACCCUGGCGCCGGCCCCGGCCCCGGCCCUGUUCUUAACCCCAGUCGUAUCGUUCGAGCCGACCAACCCGAAAUCUCUGGUCCGUGAGACCGUCUCGUUGGAGGCCGAUUCGGUGGCCCACCGCUCAUCCUCCCGUGAUACUCAGCCCCAUCGGCCGCCCUGCCCAACGGAUCGGCCUCGUUCUUGCCCGGCUGUUCCCAGGCAUGCGGUCCCAACUGAGCCCCGGUCUUCGGCUAGUGUCAUGCCCCUCGACGGGCCUCAUGCCCCAUUAGGUCACGUUGUGCCACCCGCAGGUUCUCAUACCCAACCCGCCUGCGGGAGUCAUCCGCUCGCCAAUCCAUCCCAGCCUACGUCACGUGAAGAAGAAAAAUUUGACAGUGCCAAUGGGAAAGAAGCCUGGCCCAUUCCCAUGAUGCCCGAAAAGAAUUCGACGGUGCCAUCCCACCCCAUCUCGUCCCAGCCUGGUCCAUCGAAGAAAGCGCGUCUAGCGAGCCUCCCAAGCAUCACGCCUAAGAGCGCACCCAUGUCCAGUGAGAAACUUGCGCCUUCGAAAGACAGAGUGUCUAGGUCCCAAGAUUCAGAUUCGAUCGACCAAGAGUUCAAAACCGAGAAACUCACAUCCACUCGGUUAUCCUCGAGCCAGCGCUCAAGUCCGGGCUCGGCCUCGUCGUCAUCCAGAGCCAACUCGAAAAAAGGGCUCGAAAGAAGCCAGAAGGAUGUCGGCCCAGAUAUCAACAUGUGCAAAGUAACCCGUCCCCCUGUCCAUGUCAAGUCAGAGGCUCUGCCUGUAGAACCAGAAUCGAGACCUAAGACCAGAGAUCAGCCACAGGCUCCGCUCGAAACAAGUGCCAAGAAAGACGAGAAGGUGCCCUUUCCCGAAGAUUUAGAAGAUGGCGAAAUCACUUCCAGUGAAGAAGAGACCCAGAAAAAUCCGAAACAUGGAGGAAAAGUCGCCAGACCGAGGUCCCAGACGGCCGUAGGUGCCAGGAGUAGAGAGAGAACACUCAAACCACCGAUUACUACCUCGUCAUCGCCAUCAUCCUCUUUUGCUCAAUCAUUGUUGCCAUCGUCAUCUGCACGAUCCGAAAGAUACAAAGAAACGUUGGACAAGUCGUCGUUGUCGCGUAAGAGGGCUCACUCACCUCGUUCCCAUUCCUCAAGCAGUUGUUCCAGCUCCAAACGGAGCUCUCGACGUUCUGGAAGGUCUCCCAAACGAUUGAGGCAUGACCAUCAUUCUUCGUCACGACGCACCUCGCGCGAGUCCAGUUCAAGUCGAACCAAACACAAAUCCUCAUCUUCAGAGAGAUCCUCCGAGGGCCUAGAACAUAGGGGGGAGCAUAAGGAUCAUAAAACGACAAAAUCAUCCAAGACAAUUGAGCGACCCAGAAAAUCCGUUGUGGUCACCUCGUCCAAAGCCCAAGCGAGCGUUCCAAAUGGAGCUGGAGGAGAACAAGAAAGAGGACGAGCUGUGGAAGAAGGGUCUCAAGGGGAGCAACCGCAACAACACAUCCGGUCUUCAACAACAAUGACCAUGGCCAAGACGACGAAUAGAAUUACCAGUCAAGUGGGGGCAGAGUCGUGGUCCAAAACGUUGACUAAGGUCGUUGAUCGAGAAAUCCGUCCCGAAAAUAAGUCUGUUUCCUCCUCACCCAAAGGUGGUAAAGCCCCUCGCCAAUUAGACGAGAAAUUAGUGUCUCAAAAGCCAUCCAUCCAAAAUACAAGUGUUCUUCCGCCCGAGUCAUUAUCCUCUGUUCCCGCCCGUUCCACUGGGAGCAACGUUGUCACUCCCAAAGCAACAAACACUCAGGAUCCAUCGAAGAUGAAGAUCAUAAAUAAAGAGAAGAAGGAGCUUGAGCUGCAAUCGAAGGAGGGGAAUGAACCAGGAAAUAAUGAGGCGCCAACGGAAACGGGGUUAAAGAUCAAACUUCCUCUCUCAACGACGCGAUCUUCCACCUCUACCUCCAUCUUCACCUCCACUAAGUCCAGUUUGAAUGAGGUCAAGAAGACCUCCACGGAGAAGAGUCAAUUGAGUCAAUACCUCUUUGGGGAAUCAGAGACCGAAAGCCAAGGCAUUUCUCCUCGAAAAGAACAUUUCGAAGGCACAAAAGGAACCUUGGGUGACGGGAAAUCCAACAAGCCCCAGGGAGUCCAGGAUCAGGACGGGAUGGAUAUGACAGAUAUGAACACGGUCGAUAUCGACUCUCUUAUUGAAGAGAAAACGAGCCAAUUCCAAUCGUUGGCCAAAAAAGCCGAUCACAUUUACCAGCGCAUCCUUACGUCGGACGCGGAAGAUCAUCAUGAGCGCAAAGACUCUUCUCCAAAAGACAAACACGACUCGCGGGAGGAACUCUUGGCCCAAGCAUCGUUCGACGUUUCAACGGAGCACCCUUGUAGCAGCCCGCCAAGUGAAAACGAUGCGUGCUACAAUCCGGUAUCCUCUCCAUCCAGGUUAAGAGAUUCAGUGCCACUCCCCACGUACGGUUCCAAUCGAAAACGUCGAAUUACCCAGGAAAAGAUUGACUUCACUUCCCCCGUGGGGAUCGCGUCGCUCUUGAAAGAGGUCACGGAGGGAGCUCAUCUGGGCACGGGCAAUGUCAUAAUGACUCCCAAAUCGGGUAGAUCGAGAUCCAGCUCAAUGUCGUCAAACACCGGGGUUCCUCCAUCAGGGACCACGCCCAGAAGCUCCCGAUCAUCUCCAGCACAUGCUCGAAGCUCGGUUGUUGAUCGAAGUACUCCCUUCCAAGGCUGUGUUCUCUUUCCCGAAAGCCGUGAUAGCCCUGCAGACCCUUGUCGUCAACUCUCCAUCCUCGAUCCCCCGCCACCUCUGGAAGGGAACUCAAUGGAGAAGAAAGAGAGUGAUCCAGCUCAGAUCAUGGACGACAACGCGAACAUGGGCCACGAAGAUGUACUAGACCAAAAGAAUAAUGAUGGACACCCGGACAACGGAACGGUCCACGAACCUCCCAGACCAGCAGCCCCGGAGGAGAUGGUGUCAGUUUUGAAGAAUGAUCUCGAUCUAUCGGAUGCGAGCCAUGAAAUGACCCCUGGCUCAAGCCUCGCCACCGUCAUCACCGCUACAUCAACAACAACUAAACCAACACCAGUACCAAUAACAACAUCAAUAACAACAACAACAACAACAACAUCAGCAGCAGCAGCAUCAUCAGCAGCAGCAGUCGCCAGAGAGAAUGUUAUUGUUGAUCCAUCGCCCACUAAUACACAAACACCGAAGGAAUCGGUUUCAAAUACACCAAUCAUUGCUCAAGCCUUGUCAUCAUCCCAUUCGUCAGGGACGGGAUCGAACCACGGAUCGGACCCCACUGAAGACGCAAGUGAAGGCACAAGUGGAAAUGCAAGGGAACGUCGCCUUAGAAAGAAGAAGGCCAAACAAGAAAAGGCAGAGAAGAAGAAGCUAAAGAAAGCUGCCAAGAAAGAGCAAAAGCGCCUUCGAAAGAUUGAAAAGAAGGUCAACAAACGCUUGAAGAAGGAGAAGAGCCGAAAUACAUUUGUCAUUAAGUCCAAAGCUGACCAGAUUUGCAUUUACAGUCACGGACAUUCGGAGACCGCCAAAAAAGGACACUACCGUAUUCGAGGGGAUUUCUUUCUUGGCGAAGAGACCCUCUCCUGCCUUGGCCGACACUUGGGAGGCUUUCACGUAGACCCAUAUUUCUUCGGUACUGUCGGCUACCAAAGGAUCCGUGAGCUCGUCAGUCGUAUCGGAGGGGGCGACGAAGCGGUAAACUGGACCAUGGGCGGGGCCGAAGGUGGGCACUGCCACCCCAUUUUGGAUGGUGUGGCCAAUGACAGGGGCCACUUGACCCGCCAUCAUUUUUCCCUCUUGAAAGCUGCCCACAUACCCGGUCUCCAAAUCCUGAUUGAUGUAGGCUCCCUCAUUGGUGGUGAAGGUGGACGAUCGCUGAAAGUCGCCAAACAGAAAGGACCCUCCAAUUUGAAACUUCCAGCCGGGCCCGUUGAUGUAGCCAUUCUUGUAUGUGCCAAAGAACUCGACUUCGGCAAUUUGAUCGUCUUUCGACAUGGUGGAUCCGGAGAGAAUGACGUCCUCCACGAUCCGACCAAUGAAUCUCUUUCGACGGCCUUUAGUGAAGGGUCGUUCCAGGUAGCGAACAACGCCAUGCCAAACGCCUUCUUUGGUCAAGCCUUCCCAAACGGUUCCAUCCGUGAAGCUCACUUUGGCCAGCCCGUUGAGCACGCCCGAGCUGAAGUGGCCAUGAAUGCUUUGGAUCUUUUUCACAUGGCCCAAUCGGAAUGGAAGGGCGUCUCCGUUACCUCGAAUAUUGGCUUGACCUCGUCCUCAGUGAUGCCUCCCGUUUUCGACGAGGUCUCCUCUUGGAUCAAAUUUACCGUCCUAAAUACCGAAUCAACCACACGUUGGUCAAUCGAGUCUUGGAAGAUAAUGACCGAGAUCGACGAUUUCUUGGACGACUUGGAGCACGUUCACAUCCUAUCAGGAUUACCAGGAGAAGAUGAAACACAGGUUGACCCUCAAUUCUGGAACCUGGAAGAUCACUGGCAAGAGUGGGAUUACAUUUGGCCACUACUCAACGACCAGGAGAAUGCCACCGAGGAGUUGUCCGCCCUGGACCUGGAUUUGGAUCUCCAGACCUUCCUCGAGAACUUCCGCCACAAGAUCCACGGCCACAAUCCAGAAAACACGCUGGCGUUCUACCUCAUCUCAGUGGCCUACAUUGUGGUGAUUCUUUUUGGCGUGUCAGGGAACAUUCUGGUGAUUGUGGCUGUGAUGAGCAAAUCGGCCAUGCGGAACACGCACAACUUCUUGAUCGCCACCUUGGCCAUUUCCGACCUCUUCCUGUGCUGCGUCUCCUUGCCCAUCACGCUUUGGGAGCUGUUCCAUGAGCGUUGGCCCUUUGGACCGGACACUUUGGUGUUGUGCCAGGCCAUUGUGUGUGCCCAAGUGAUCCCGGUGUUCAUGUCCUCAAUGGCCAUUGGAGGAAUUGCCUGGGACCGGUAUCGUUCCGUGGUACAAAAUAAGAUAUCUCCCUUUUCUGGGACGUCAACGAUUCUCCUUUGCUUUGGAAUGGCCGUGCUCUCGUUGGUCCUUUCGGGUCCACUUCUCUUCACCGCCACUCUGGAACCUUUGGUCAAUUUCGAGGUCGAUUUGGAGGUGUCGGAUAUUCUCAUUUGCCGCCAAAGCUGGUCCAGCACGGCCAGAGUGGCCUACCGAACAGGAACCUGUUUGUUUCAGUUCAUCAUACCCAUUGGCUUUGUGAUUUACACCAACUCGUGCGUGGUUCUCCGGCUCUCACAUCGCCCACCUUCUCAGCAUCCCGAUUUGAAUGAGAGACGUCGACGCACCAACCAAAUCAUCGUGGGCGUCACCCUCGUGUUCUUUCUAUCGUGGCUCCCUCUCAACCUGUUCCGUCUCCUGGCCGAGUUUGGACCACUCUGGAUUCACCCCUUGGUGGGGGGCCGCGAAGAAUUGAUCUUUGGUAUGUUGAACCUCUUGGGCGCCACCAACGCUUGCGUCAACCCCAUCUUGUACGGGUACUUCAAUGAGAACUUUCGGAACGAGUACAGAGACAUUUACAAGGCUAUGCCUUGGCAUCGUCGCCGUUUGUCUUCCCCUUCACCGCACCCAAUCUUGUCAACGAGGGAUCGUCCCGGUAAUGACCCUCUGGGGGAGGUUGUAGUGGUUCAUGGAUCAGAUCAACAAAGGUCGGACACACCUGCUAGCGCUUCGUCGUUAUCAACCACGCCUUCUCCGUACUCGACAUAUCCCAAGUUGUCCCAUUCAGAAGAUCUCGUCUCAAGCCAAGUUGGUUUUCAAUUCCAUUCAAACGCAUUGGUUCCACCACCGAUCCAUCCACCCCCGUGUGCGAGAAAAUCAAGUUAUGGGGGAGACCAAAGCGCCACCACUGCUCCUUCUCCAACAACGACAACAACAUUGUCUUGGUGUGACAAAGACGAAUGCGUCCAAUCAUACGCCUCAAUGAGCAAUUUUGGUUCCCAAUCACCCCCAGCCACGUCAUCCUCUUUGUCAUCCUCCUCAUUUACCUCGGCGUCCUCAUCUACAAUUAUGUGGAUCCCCAAAGGCUGUGAUCGCAGAAAAAGUUCGUCCUCCGCUUUCAUCAAAGUCCACCCAUGCUCAUCAUCAUCGACCUCAUUGUCCAAAGGAGUCGUCGAUUGGAGCGGUUCAAGAAGAAUUAAGGGUGACACUAAUCAGAUCUUCGUCGGAGAGAAGACCAAACAGACCGGUGCCAAAAACAGUCCGCGGAUCCAAAUAGAGCGAGAUUUGAAAUCAAAUAUAUUUGUACUUUUCUUCCUUCAACAAAACGUGGAUGAAACUUCUGUAUGAACAUUCUAGGUACCUACCUACCUACGUUCGUUUCUCAGGCGUGGGUCAGUAUCAAGAUCCAUAUAUGUCACUUGAAUCAAUCAAUAUAUAAAACUGAAUGGA